UGCUAAUCUAGCUAUUGUAGAUAUGUUGGUAGGGCCAGGGAGGUGCACAGAGUGGACUCUUGCUGGGAGGGUGACUGGAGCUUGCCUCUACUGGGGGAAAGACACUUUGCACCAUGGCUUCAGCAGAACGGCCCCCGGUGAUCCUCCGGUCCCUUGACCUCUGCAGUCGUGCAAUACGCCUGGCCAGGAAAAUCCGCUCAGAUGUUGUCAGCCUCUUGGAUUCCUAUGUUGAACGGCAGGGGCUGGACAAGAACAUCAGCCUGGAUGGUGUAGACAGCAUGCCAACAGCUGCUGUGGAGCACUGGAGCGAGCUGACAGAAGCUGAGCGCCUGGGGAACAACCUGAAGGCCUAUCGUAUCUUCCAGACCCUGCUGGCUGAGGUCUUGGAGGAUCAGAGGACUCACCUGACCCCCACAGACACCAACUUCCAUGAAUCCAUCCAGUCUGUUAUGCUGCAGGUCUCAGCCCUGGCCUCCCAGCUGGAGGAGCUGUUGAUGCUGCUGGAGCACAGUGUACCAGCCCGAGAGGAGGUAGAGGGCACUGCAGACAGCACAAGCCGCAGCAUGUUUGAGAAAAAGCUGAGGGGGCUGAAGGUGCUGCAGGAGCUGGCCCAAUGGUCUGUGAGGUCCGUGAAGGAUUUGCAUCAUGUUACCAAGCACAGUCACAGCAGCAGCACAGUCCAUGUAAGCCACCAGUAAACCCAGUCUCAGAUAGAAUGAGGCUGCCUGCCUCUUCCCUACAUGUGUGCAGGAAAGCACUGUGGGGAGGGUGAAGGGAGUGGCAGGGGAGGGAGUGGCAGUCCAUGCCAACCCCCUCCUGGUGGGUUGUCUGUCCACCCCCUCCUGGUGGGUUGUCUGUCCAGAGAGGUAUCCCAGUACAGCAAACCAGAGCCAACUUGGGGUGGUAUGGGACAGUUCUCCCACUGCCGGGUCAGACCAAGACCCCAGACCUAGCAGCCAGCUAGAUCAUGGGAGGGACCUGCCCCAGGACACCCAUAGCUGGCUCUGUGCCUCAGCUCUUCCUUAGGAGAGCUGCUUAGCACCCAUAAGUUAAGGCUUGCACAAGGAGACGCUGCUUAGCACCCACAAGUUAAGACUUGGCAAGAGAGAGGGACCAGCAGGGAGAGGUAUUGCCUACACUUCUGAAUGUCCCUACUCUCCUGCUACCUGUUCCCCACCCAUUGCCCUGGGGCAGGCUUGGGCAAUAUCCCUGCCCUUCACUCCCCUUGGCCUUGACCUUCCCCUCAGUUGAA